CUUUGGGUUUGGGUGUCUGGAACACUGUAUUAUGAGUUGGGUUUAAUGUGUGCAGGGCUGGGAAUAAACUGCAGUUUCACAGUCCUCAGCAUUUUUCUUCAGGACUGCAAAGUCUGUAUCUUGUAAGUUAUCAGAUCAGUGGUGCAAUUUUCUUAACUGAACUUUUUUUUUAAAGAAAUCAAUGGAAAUAUUGGGACUAAGAAGGGCAUACAUAGGAGUAUCAUGUUUCAGUUCUGGACAAGACAUAAAUGGUAAGAAAGAACAGGGAUUGCUGCCUGGGUCAGUAGAAUGUUUGCCGUUUUAUUUCUGCAGGUAAAAAAGGAACAGAAAGCUGCACUGAAGUUUUCACUGAGACCUGACUGCGAGAAUCGCUUUUUUGUGAAUACUUCUGGACGGGGAAACAUUAACAGGAAAACAUGCACUGGGCAGUUCUCUUGCUCUCUGCUUUGUUGGCCGUUCAGAUUACUGUUUCCAAAUCAAGUUUAGAAGUUGCAGGAGUGAAUUUCAACAACCUCAACAGUGAUACUCGUCAGCUGCUGGCUAAAAUCAAAUUUGCAGCCAGGAGUUGCAAGGAAAUUAAAGACAGAUACGGAGUUUGUGAAGAUGGCCUUUACUACUUGAUUUCCAGACACGGGGAGCUGUAUCAGACCUUCUGUGACAUGACCACCAACGGGGGAGGCUGGACUCUGGUGGCCAGUGUCCAUGAGAACAACAUGUAUGGGAAAUGCACUGUGGGUGACCGCUGGUCCAGCCAGCAAGGGAACAACCCCAACGUCCCAGAGGGAGAUGGCAGCUGGUCCAACAAAGUGACAUUCGGAUCUGCUGAGGCGGCCACUUCAGACGACUACAAGAAUCCAGGAUAUUAUGACAUAACAGCUCAAGAUGUAUCUGUGUGGCAUGUUUCUAACAAUGCUCAGAUGGAGCACUGGUCGAUAGCCUCCAUUCUGAAGUACCACACCAAAACAAACUUUCUUAAAUUGUACGGAGGCAAUCUUUACUUCUUAAUCAAGCGCUAUCCAGUGAAAUACCGUGCAGGUGUCUGUACCACUAACCAUGGGCCCUCAAUUCCUAUUGUGUACGAUCUUGGAGAUGAACAGUCUACUAGCAAUCUGUAUGGCCCGCACACUAGAGGGCUGUUUAAACCCGGUUUCAUCACCUUCCGGGCUUUUAAUAAUGAGCAGGCAGCCAUGGCUAUCUGCUCAGGGGUCAGACCAACAGGGUGUCACACAGAACAUUUCUGCGUUGGAGGAGGAGGAUAUUUUGCGGAAGGUGGUGGAAGGCAGUGUGGAGAUUUUACAGGACUUGACUGGGAUGGCUAUGGGACUCACCAAGGCUGGAGUGCCUCUAGAGAGAUGACGGAGUCCGCAAUGCUGCUUUUCUACCGCUGAAGUGCAGGCGAGGACGGUCACACACUCAACUCAUACUGGAAUGCCUGACGAUUUCUGAAAUCAAAAAAAUCUGGACUGUUUUGAUUUUUUUUUUGUGCAAUCGUAUUUACGGUCUCAUGACCACCUUCUUGUUAUAAACUUGAUAUAAAUCUCAAACCUGCACAGA